CGGGGCCCGGCGGGGGCGGGGCGCUACGGAGGCGGCGUAAGGAGGGCCCCCGCGUCCAUCCCUCCCGCCUUCCUCCCCCUCAGACGUGGCGGGGGAAGGGCCGCGCGAUGUGGCAGAGAUCGGUGUGCGUGGGCCUGCUGGCCCUGGCGCUGGGCUACCUCUGCCUGCUGGGCCCCCAGCUGUCCCCCUCUGUCCUGCAGCACCUCUCCGCCUCUCUGCUGGGCGGGCUGAGCCGCGCCGGCUCCUUGGAGAGCCGCAUGGUAGCGGCCUGGCAGGCGGCCAUCGUCCGCCCGGCGCGGGGCUGGGGGCGCGUCGCCGUCGGCGUCAAUGCCUGUGUCGACGUGGUUCUCUCUGGCGUGAAGUUGUUAGAGGCGCUUGGACUUAAACCCGGGUCGGGAAAAAAUCAUGAUGUCCUGAACUCCAGACAGGACCUGAGAGAAGCGUUCACUCACUUCAUGGAGAAAGGAGCGGCUGCUGAACGCUUCUUCAGCGAUGCAGAGUCCUUCCAUCACAUAGCACAGACUGCCUCGGAGCACCCUGGUGCACAGCUUUAUGUCGGAGGCAAUGCCGCUCUCAUUGGUCAGAAGCUUGCAGCAAAUCCAGACCUGAAGAUCCUGCUUUGUGGCCCAGUUGGUCCCAAGCUCCAUGAUCUACUAGACGACAAUGUGGUCGUGCCACCUGAGUCCAUGCAGGAAAGAGAUGAGUUCCAUCUUAUCCUGGAGUAUCAAGCAGGUGAAGAGUGGGGACAAGUGAAGGCACCCAACGCCAACCGCUUUAUCUUCUCCCAUGACCUAUCAAAUGGCGCCCUGAAUAUGCUGGAAGUGUUCGUGUCCAGCUUGGAGGAAUUUCAGCCCGAUCUCGUGGUACUUUCAGGACUUCACAUGAUGGAAGGCCAGAGCAAGGAGCUGCGACACAGACGACUGCUGGAGGCAGUAGCCUCCAUCUCUGACAUCCCUACUGACAUUCCUAUACACCUGGAGCUGGCCAGUAUGACUGAUCAGGACUUUAUGAGCAACAUUGUGCAUCAGCAGGUCUUUCCCCUGGUGAACUCCAUUGGGCUGAACGAGCAGGAGCUGCUUUUCCUCACGCAGUCGGCCUCUGGUCCCCACGCCUCCCUGGCGUCCUGGAAUGGCGUCCCUGACGUGGGUGCUGUCAGCGACAUCCUCUUCUGGGUCCUGAAGGAGCACGGGAAGACCGCGGACCGGGCCUCAGAUCUCACACGGAUCCACUUCCACACGCUGGCCUACCACAUCCUUGCCACAGUGGAUGGGCACUGGGGCAACCAAGUGGCUGCUGUGGCUGCCGGAGCCAGAGCGGCGGGGACGCAGGCCUGUGCGACCGAAACCAUCGAUACCAGCAAAGUCUUUCUUAAAGCUCCUCUGGAGUUUGUGACCUCCCAGAUAGAGGCACCUUCCAAAAUAUCCUUAAAUCCAGACGAGCCAGUGGUGCAUUGGCACAGAGAAGGCAUCUCCUUCCAUUUCACGCCUGUUUUGGUCUGUAAAGAUCCCGUGCGGACCGUGGGACUUGGGGAUGCUAUUUCAGCUGAAGGACUGCUAUAUUCAGAAAUAAAUCUUCAGUAGAAGACUGAGGUCCCCUUUGUCUCCAGUACUGUAUGGUGUCUGAGGAACCGUGCUGAUCUCACUAGGAGUUCAGCCAGCACUGAUAUAGGAACAGAAUCAGGGUGCGGGAUGUUUUCUGGAUAUAACAGAAGAGCCAAAGAAUAAUUCCAGAUACAAAGUGUGAGAUACAUUCCAGUCGCUUUUCAGUGACUAGAACAUUUCACGUUUAAGCGCAGAGGUUUUCGUAUAUAAUGUGAAAAUUGGCUUUUCUUUGUCUUAAGCAUGUGGGGAGGGAAACAAAUAGUCAAAAUCCACAUUUGGAGCAGGUCUGCUCUUUGUAACUGCACAUGGGUCUUGUCUGCUAGUGCUGGAAAGCCUGGCAGCCCUGAGAGCUUCCUCCUUGUGGAUCCCAGGGAGAGCACAGCGCUGCUCAGCCCUGUCUUGCUUAUGAUAAAGUAAAAAUAAAAAGCUCCUCCAUUAUCUCCUCACAGCACGUGGCUAGGUGGCAGGAGCAAACCUUCCGCUCUGUUCAGCGUGCUGAUGAAAUCUGUUGCUGACAAAAUUACCUCUCAACCUCAGUGCCCCUGCUGCAGAGGGAGCCAGAGCCCGAAAAUGUGAUGCACGCUGUACGCACUCCUUAAAAGCACAGGGAAAGCUGGGCUCAAGGCAGUUUAAAUUAUUUGGUGUAUCUGUUGUUUCUGUGACUAAUGGGAUUCAACUAGUUGCCUGCAGUUAGUUUUGGGGCAACUGAAAGUGAAGAUAUUCAGGGUUUAUAUUUGGGGACACAGCUUUAUUUUUUUGUCAGGUAAACAACAAAACGCUCCCUGUGUCUGCUACAUGCCGAAUACCUACAGCUGCAGCCACGGGGGCUCGCAGCUUGCUCCCUUUGCUAACCAGAGCUGCUUACAUGGGGUGGUGUACAGCUUACAGCAACCUGCUGAGUGCUGGAGACUCAUUUUUUGUUUGGCAACUGUUGUGCAAGUUUCUUCAGUUUCACUGCCUUCCAUUCAGAUGGAUUUGUUAGGGAAGGGCCCUCCAGAAGCUCAGAAGCUGUAAAUGUUUAGCAGGGAAGGCUGAUGUGAGGAGCUUUGUGUUUCUUUUUUUUCACAAGGUCACUGGGCUGUCUUUGCUCCGGACAGCCUUUGAAAUUAAAAAAAAAAAAAUAGAGCUGUGUCUUAUCAGU